AUGCUCUUUGAAUCGCUAUUAUACUCAGCAAUCAGUCAAUUGGACACCGAUUUAACAGCAAAAAAGUCAUUAAUCAGACAAAUCUAUGGUCUCAUCGAUGAUCACCACAACAACAACGACUACAAUGCGGCCAAAAACGGGCCAAACAGUGGCCACAACGUCGGGCACCGACUAAACAGCGCCGACAACUCCGAGUCACUGAUCGCCAAAUACGAGUCAAUGAACACAAUAUACGAAAAGUGUUUUUUAAAACAUUUCAACAAUGAUUUAACGCCUCAUAUUAGCCCUCAUAGGGGCGUCCGUAUGGGCACAACACCCCCACCAACACCACCAACACCACCAUCACCUCCACCCCCGGCGCCGGACCUGUCGGCCAUCGUCGAGCUGGUCAUAGACUACGCCACUAAAGGCCAGUAUAACGUGGCUAUACCUCUGUGUAAAGAGGCGUUGACUGGCGUACAGCACCGGGUGGUGAUGGAGGGCGAGGGGGCGGAGGGGGAGGGGUCGACAACAGACAAGGAGGACGCGUGUCUAUUGACCGAAAUACUAGGCCUAAUGCAUUUGGACCGACAGGAGUACACCGAGAGUGAGCCGUAUCUGCGCCAGGCGUUGGACGCCCGGCACCGGGCGUGCGGUUCCCACGACCGGCACGUGAUUAAACUGAAGACCCAUUUGUCGCACGUGUUGUUCAAACAGCAGCGCUAUAAGGAGUCGGAACUGAUGGCCAAACAAGUGUUGACCGCUAUCUAUGACAACGAGACUACCGGUGGUGUUGAUGGCGACCAUAGGGUGACCAGCAUUUACGACAAGUCGUGCGUCUGGGAAAUGGCCGAAGAGUUGGAAGUGUUUGGCGCCAAAGACUAUAGUUUGGUGUCGGAGGGCGACGAACACCGGCGCUGGCAUCACAUGCUGGACCAGUACGCGGACACCCGGCGCCUGCUUCACAACCUGUCCUCCAUUUACGCCCAAAACGAUAAGACAGUGGCCGCCGAAGUCAUUGCCGACGUUAUACAAGACCUACAGCAAGAUAUCUAUGAGAUUAACCAAGAUUUUUAUCCCAAGAUUAAGCGACACAUUAGGAGGAGUAGUGUUAGACACUCACCGCCCGGUGCUGUGACGCUGAGCACCGGGUGUCAGACCGAUGUGACUGAUCUCGAUGUUAGCGGCGAUACCCAUGGUCAGUUAGCGUGCACGGCUACCGACGUGAAUCUAUGCCGUAAUAGUGUACCCCCGGGGCCAACGGGUGUUUUCAGCUAUCUUAGUUGUCAGCGUCCGUCUAACCGUAUGCGCACCUGUAUCUACACGUGCAACGCCGUGCCCUGCGAUGUGACCUGUGCCAAUACGCUCGAUUAUCAGCGUGGUGAAUGUAUUUACGAUGUGACCAGGACCACCACUUCGUGCAUGUGCUUUCGUCAAUAA